AUGGAAGACUAUAUCGAUAUCGCUGCGCUUGUCCUGGACAAUGGCACCGGUGUGUGCAAGGCCGGCUUCGCGGGUGAGGUUGCCCCCCGCGUCGUCUUCCCUUCCAUUGUGGGGCGCCCACGACACCAGGGCAUGUUGAUGGUGGGCAUAGGCCAAAAGGAUUCCUACGUGGGUGACGAGGCCCAGAGCAAGAGAGGCAUCCUGACCCUGAAGUACCCCAUUGAGCACGGCGUUGUCACCAACUGGGACGACAUGGAGAAGAUCUGGCACCACACCUUCUACAAUGAGCUGCGUGUGGCCCCCGAGGAGCACCCUGUGCUGCUGACCGAGGCCCCCCUGAACCCCAAGACCAACCGUGAGAAGAUAGCCCAGAUCAUGUUUGAGACCUUCAACACCCCAGCCAUGUACGUGGCCAUCCAGGCUGUGCUGUCCCUGUACGCCUCUGGCCGCACCACCAGCAUUGUGAUGGACUCCGGAGAUGGGGUCACCCACACAGUGCCCAUCUAUGAGGGCUAUGCCCUCUCCCAUGCCAUCCUGCGUCUGGACCUGGCUGGCUGGGACCUGACGGACUUCCUUAUGAAGAUCCUGACCAAGCGUGGCUACAGCUUCACCACCUCCGCGGAGCGGGAAAUCGUGCGCGACAUCAAGGAGAAGCUGUGCUAUGUCGCCCUGGACUUCAAGCAGGAGAUGUCCACUGCAGCCUCUAGCUCCUCCCUGGAGAAGAGCUAUGAGCUACCUGACGGCCAGGUGAUCACCAUUGGCGAUGAGCGGUUCCGCUGCCCAGAGGCGCUCUUCCAGCCUUCCUUCCUGGGCAUGGAAUCCUGUGGCAUCCACGAGACGACUUUCAACUCCAUUAUGAAGUGUGACGUUGACAUUCGCAAGGAUCUCUAUGCCAACACGGUGCUGUCCGGGGGCACCACCAUGUACCCAGGCAUUGCUGACAGGAUGCAGAAGGAGAUCUCGGCCCUGGCGCCCAGCACGGUGAAGAUCAAGAUCAUCGCUCCCCCAGAGCGCAAGUACUCUGUGUGGAUUGGCGGCUCCAUCCUGGCCUCGCUCUCUACUUUCCAGCAAAUAUGGAUCAACAAGCAGGAGUACGUGGAGUCUGGCCCCUCCAUUGUCCACCACAAAUGUUUCUAG